UCGUGCUUAUCGGCCAAACAACAUGGUUCCACACAGCAUAGGUUGUAGAAGACUUUAAACAUGUAUUCAAAUGCUACUUUUAGAGCAAUGCUGACUUUCGUCGUUCUUUUUUCACUCUUUACAAUUCCUGUGUCUGCGUCAGAGGACAAAAUAUCACACAGUGCUCAAAGUCCUGCUCUGUCCUACAUUACAUCGAUAUGGCACAACAGGCUGUAUUUAUACUCAGCUGCUGCAGUGUUUGUCGGCAUCUGGAUCUCUCUAAAGAUGGGUCUGAAAAAGCAAAGCUUGUCCGCAGACACAGCUCCAAAGGUUUACAAAGCUGAAAAGAAGAAUGGCUGCUCUGACAGAGAUGCUGUUGUUCAUGUGUCUGGAGUUAAAAUCUUCUUUGGGUCCCAGACAGGAACAGCAAAAGGUUUUGCAAAGCAGCUGUCAGAGGAGGUGCAGACAUUGGGUCUAACAUGUGAAGUGAUUGAUAUGAAGGAAUACGAUCCAGAUGACCGACUCGCUGACGAGUGCACCAGCAGAUCAGUUUGUGUGUUUAUCGUGGCGACCUACACUGACGGGCAGCCAACGGAGAACGCUGAGUGGUUCUGCAAGUGGCUCGAGGAGGCGUCCACUGACUUCAGAUACGGGAAUACGUACCUAAAAGGCCUGCGAUACGCGGUGUUUGGCCUCGGAAACUCAGUUUAUGUCGGCCACUAUAACACGGUGGGGAAAAAUGUGGACAAGUGGCUGUGGAUGUUGAGUGGGGUACGAAUAAUGACCAGAGGAGAAGGCGACUGCAAUGUGGUGAAGAGUCGUAACGGCAGCGUCCAGGCCGACUUCGAGGCCUGGAAAGUGAAGUUCUUGAACCGCCUCCAGAACCUGGUCAAAGGAGACAAGAAGAGCUGCAGCGGAAACUGUAAGAACGGAGGAUCCUGUAAGAACAAGAGGAAGGACGGACACGGACAGGAGGAGGAGGAGGACGCAGUGACUCGGCAGAACGACGGCUCUGAGGAGGAUCUGAUGGAGUCCAGCAGUGACGAAGACGAGUCUGGUCUUCAGGAGGGGAAGAAAUCUGUGGUGGACAUGGAGGAUCUGGGAGACAUCAUGACCAGCGUGAAAAAAGCCAAGAGCAAAGAGGAAGGCCAGAUGGUGAAGCUGUCCAAGCUGAACGGAGUAAAAAAGGUUGAAGAUGAAGGAGAGCGAAGAGAGAUGAUCACCCCCGCCCUGAGGGAGGCCCUGACAAAACAAGGGUACAAACUAAUCGGGAGUCACUCUGGAGUGAAGCUUUGCCGAUGGACCAAGUCCAUGCUGCGUGGGAGAGGAGGCUGUUACAAACACACCUUCUAUGGGAUCGAGUCCCACCGGUGCAUGGAAACGACCCCCAGCCUCGCAUGUGCAAACAAGUGUGUCUUCUGCUGGAGACAUCACACCAACCCUGUGGGGACGGAGUGGCGCUGGAAGAUGGAUCCACCCGAAAAGAUCCUACAGGAUUCCCUGGAGAAACACGAGAACAUGAUUCGACAGUUCAGAGGUGUUCCAGGGGUAAAACCCGAGCGCUAUGAGGAAGGUUUGGCGGUCAAACACUGUGCCCUCUCCCUGGUGGGUGAGCCAAUCAUGUACCCCGAAAUCAACACGUUCCUCCGCCUCCUCCAUUCCCACCGUAUCUCCAGCUUCCUGGUCACCAACGCUCAGUUCCCUCAGGAAAUCAGGAGUCUGGUUCCUGUUACUCAGCUGUAUGUGAGCGUAGACGCCAGCACCAAAGACAGUCUGAAGAAGAUCGACCGUCCACUUUUUAAGGACUUCUGGCCCCGUUUCCAGGACAGCCUGAGGGCCCUGGGCGAGAAGAGGCAGAGGACGGUGUACCGGCUGACCCUGGUCAAGGCCUGGAACGUGGAGGAGAUGCAGGCCUACUCUGAGCUCAUCGCUCUGGGCCAGCCGGACUUCAUCGAGGUUAAGGGAGUGACAUAUUGUGGGGAGAGUUCUGCCAGUAGCCUGACCAUGGCCAACGUUCCCUGGCACCAGGAGGUGGUCGCCUUCGUCCAGCAGCUGGCGGACAUGUUGCCUCAGUACGAGAUCGCCUGCGAGCAUGAGCACUCCAACUGUCUGCUCAUCGCACACACCAAGUUUAAGGUGGACGGCGAGUGGUGGACGUGGAUCGACUACGAGCGUUUCCAGGAGCUGGUCCAGGUUCACGAGGACAGCGGUGGACAGCAGAGCUUCUCGGCUUUGGACUACGUAGCCAAGACGCCUCGCUGGGCUCUGUUCGGAGCAGAGGAACAAGGCUUUGACCCGAACGACACCCGCUUCCAACGACGCAACAAAACCAAAGACAUCUCAGGAUGCUGAUGGUGGAGAGGAGGGAAGAGGUGGAGGGAUAGAGUGAUAUCUACUGCAGAGGAAAUGAAGAAGAAAACAAGGUUGGAUGUUUCUGUUCGCAGCCGCUUUGUGUUUGCAGUUCAGAGCUGGAUGGUUCGGUUCUGCUCUUCCUCACACAGCGAUUUUAAAGUCCUCAUGAAACAGUGAGCACAGGGAUAUUUGCUUAUGAAGUGAGUUUUCUGUCGUGACAGGAGUCUGAGUUCUGAUUGGUCAAUAACCCACUGACGAACCAUAACUCCUCAUCCUCUUGUAUUAACCUUCCAAUAUCCAGGUGAGCAUAUUAUGCACACUAAAACAUCGUAGUAGUUUUCACAAUUUGUAUCAGGUCAAAAUUCAAAACUUUUUCAUUUGUGCAUGAUUUUUGAAAUUCCAGCCCAGCCGCUAAAAUCAGCACAUUGUAAACAAUAGAAAAUUCCUACACUAGCACCUUUAUACAAAGUAAGUAAAAAAUGCACAUUGACACAUUUUUGAGGGUCGAAACAUAGUAAUGUCCCGUCAGAGAGCGAACUUUGAUUGCCAUUCCAACAUUUGUUUCAAUAUAAAGUAGCUCCU